AAGAAAGAGUAAAUAGACAGAAACAUGGAACUUUGGGAAAUACCCGAUGGUAGGAAGAGGGAUAUAGAUGAUGUUCCAGCAAAGGACACUGAAAAGAAGUCAAAAAGCUUCCUGACAGCCUGUCUAUAUUGGUGUGGCCUCCUGAUCAUUAAGGAUAUUAAAAGGCCCGCCCACAUAGUCUGCACCCUUCAGAUGUGGUACGUGUCCCAAGACCGCAUGAGUCACCAUACUCUGCCCUGCUGACUAGAUGAGCUUCCAUGUACCUGCAUGUGUUCAAGCAACAUUUAUUCAAGAGAGAUCACAUUUGACCAACACUCAAUAUUCAACACUCAAUACUCAUUGCCAAGAACCAUGGAUAAGUGUUUGGAAAAGCCUGGACCUUUGGACUGCUCUCAUCUCAAAGGUCAGAUCCAGGAGUGGGAGCAUCAAAUGACUCCAGGGAAGAGUCUAAAUGGUAACAAGCUCUUCACCUUUGCCCCUCACCCGCUGAGAAUGUACGCCUGCGCUACCCCAGCCCUCGGGAGGAACAGCUCUCAGGUGUUGAGUAGACUGUUAUCUGCAGUGGUGCUACAACAGCCAGAGGUUCGGACAGCGGGGAACCUCAGCGUUUUGGCAGCAUCAGGUCCCUUGACCUCACUCGUCCCCAGAUGUGGAUUCCAAACUAGCACCAUCUCAAAAGACAUUGACACAGCGGCCAAACUUAUCGAGACCGGGGCUGCCACUGUGGGGGUGGCCGGCUCCAGAGUUGGGAUUGGCACUGUGUUUGGAAGUCUCAUCAUUGUGUGCAGGAACCCCUCCCUAAAGCAGCAGCUCUUUUCCUACACCAUUCUGGGCUUUGCCCUGUCCGAGGCCGUGAGGCUCUUUUGCCUGAUGGUGGCCUUCCUCAUCCUCUUCACCAUGUGAUGGAGCCAUUUCUAUCCCCCAAUGUUUCUGAAUGUUCCUCCUCGUCAUCCUGGUCCUUCUAUGUCUCUUCCAGCCUGUGUUUACCUCCUCCCCGGCCACCCCCCAAUCUUACCA